AUGCUGUCCGAGCAAAAGGUCAGGGUCGCUGACGUCUUGCGGAGCGUGUGGCGCGAGGAGGGCUGGAAGGCCUUCUUUGCCGGCACCGUGCCGCGCAUCACCUGGAUCAGCAUCGGCGGCGCCAUCUUCCUGGGCAGCUACCAGUUUGUCGUCAACACAAUGCAGACCACGCGCGACAAGGAGAGGCGCCUGGCCGAGGGAGUUCUGUGA